CUGUGAUCCUCAAGGGCUCUCACUCUAUAAAUGAUAUGUACAUUCUCUUGCGGCCAAGUAGUAGUACACUCCACUCUCUUUCUUAAUACUAUAUAUUAUCAUCCAAAAUCUUCUUUGUCUAUCUAAUCUGAUUGUCUCUGCAUCUUCACAUCCAUCUGAACAUCUUCUGCUUCCAUUCUGCAAACUUCUUUCAUUCCCUUUCCUGUCUGAAAACUCGAGUACACUUUUUCAAAGUGUUUCUUUUUUGAGUUUCCUGAGGUUUCCAGCUCACAAACAAAUUCUUUGUAAAAGGGUCAUUUUCUACUUCCUUCCAAAAAGGAUUUUGAAGUGGAAAGCAAAGAAAGAAGAGGACAAUCUGCAGUUAAUCUCCACCAUGGCAAUGCUUACAAUUGAUGCAGCAUCAGAAACAACCAUAAAAAAAGCCCUGCCUUUCAGACACAGCAGCAAUCUUCGUGAUGCAUCUUUCUCUUCUUACUUGGAUGACGGUGAAGAAACUUUUAUGCGCAAACUUGGAGCAGAUUCAGCUAAACUCCGCAACAAAUCCCUCAUUUCUCCAACCCCAUUCGAGCAUAUUCAUGUUGUGGGCAAGAAAUCUGAAGACAAUGAGAUUGAUAUAUUCAGUGCUGAUAAGUACUUCAAUGAAGGAGUGGAUGUUGAUGAUGGUGAUGAUGAUCAAAGUCCACGGAUCGCCAGCAAAUCUUCCUCUGCAAAGUUCAACCGAAAGAUGGUUCUUCCACCUAAAUUGGAUCCACCAAAACAACAACAACAUCACAUUCGUUCAGCAACUCCAAGUAUUCGCUCCGAAUCGAGCUGGAAUAGCCAGAAUGCAUUGCUGCACAACAGCCAUCGCAAUCAACAGGGGCAGAAAACAGAGAAGCCCAAUAAUCGCAGAAGCUUUCUUGCGAGUUUCGGAUGCAAUUGCUCUUGUGGUGACAAGGCUUCUGUCGACAUUGAUGACCCAAUUGUUGAAAACAGCCCCAGAAGGAGUCCCAGUGUCAGGGCAGCUCAAGACAAGCCAAACAGAUCCUCUAAUAAACCUGUCGAUUUGGUCAGCCUUACUGAUUCUCAGUCCAAUGCUUCAUCAUGGAUCCGGGGAGAAUUGAAAAUUGGAUUGAGCAGCUCAGAAGAACAUUUUAGAUUCCCUGUUUUUGAUUCCAAUGCAAAGACUGGAGAUCAUCAUAUGUUGGAGAUGCAGAGUAAAAAGGAGGAAGAUGAUUCCACGAGAAAAUCAAUGGAAGUGUUUGGGUCCCCAAUUGAGAGAGCUGGGAAAAAGUCCUUGAACAUGUUAACUUGGGAUGCGAUUGUGAAACCAAAGAUUAAUAAUCCAAAUGAAGGUUCUCAGAAUUCUCGAGGCCUGUACAAUGAUGAUGCGGACAGUGAUGCAAGCUCGGAUUUGUUCGAAAUCGAAAGCUUCGCCACCAAUCCGAGCCAGUACCUCACCCGGCAGGGUUCAGAUGGGAUGUCCAGUGCAUUCACACAAACUUGUUAUGCUCCAAGUGAAGCUAGCAUAGAGUGGAGCGUAGUUACGGCAAGCGCGGCCGAUUUCUCGGCCAUGUCCGACAUCGAGGAGACGAGAAUUAGUACUAAUUCAAGGGGAUAUGGCCAAGGUAUAUCUCAGAAUGAUCCGAGAAGUUCAUCAGACAGAGAGUUGCCUGCGAGGAGGAGGACAGGGAUCCUUUCAGGCUGUUAUAGUCAAAAAGCGGUGAAUGUGGCUGGGAACGCAUACAGGGCAAGUGAAAAAACAUCCCCUGUUAGACAUCAGAAAGCUGAGUUCUUGAUGCCGAUGACAAGGGUUCAUGCCGGAAAUGAGCCGGCCAGGUUCGAGAAAAGAAAUGGCCAUUUCGGCUAUGACAGUCGUUUACUGUAUAAGCAUUAAUCUCAAGUUUUCUUAAACAAAUGUUCUUCAAGAUUGUCUCUUUUUCCUACUUUUUUUCCCCCCUCCAAGGAUUUCAAGUGCAUUAGCAGAGUUUGGUUAGCCAUAGGGGUAUAAUCUACAAGUGUGCCUGUGAGUUCUAGAAUUACAAAUGUAAUAAUCUAAAAGAAAAAUGUCAUUGCCAAAGAAAUGAAGAUUCACUCCUCAUGUUGCUGAUUUUUAGGUUGAUUGUUUGGAAUCUGCAAAUGCUGAUUACAGAAACAAGGAAUUUUUUUGCCGACAGAAUUUUGUUCAGUACCCUUAACUAAAGUGUUUUCCAGGACAGCCAGUACUGACUACUGAGAGUGAAACUUCCUAAAAAUGAAUUAAUGUAAAGGAAUGUCGUCCAAUGUGACCUGCAGUGCUGAAGAUAGACACAACCUGGAGCUGAGAACGAAGCUCCAUAUCAAUGGUUACAAAUCACAGGGCCCGUCUACAAAGACCAUUCACCCGGGGAAUGUUAGUUGGCUAGUUCGCUAAACGAAUGAAUGUGCCUUAUGAUGCACCAUUUAAUUGUGAUAUCAAGGUAGGAUUUUGUCAUAUGAUGAUGCAAGUUUAUUGCUUUCUUCUGCUAUAUUUGUCUUAAAAGGUGAGGUUAAGAUAAGACAUUUGACAAAUUAGUGCUAAUAAGCAAGCCAGAAAUCCCAUCCAAAUGAAUGUAAAAUCAGUCUGAGGUAUGGCAUCUAUUCAAAACUUUUGGUGGGCAAGACUCAAGAGUAUGAUUUGAGUUAAGGUGUGUGUUUUAUCUAAUGAACUGAUGUUGGGAGCCACACCCUAUAGACACAACCAAUAGAAGUAUGGUUUGUGGAGGUUAGAAAGGAACAAAUGAGAUAAUGAAGGUUGGAGAAAAGCCAUGUGAAGAUGGGGUCAUGAAAUAGAAAAGAAAGAGUUUGGGAUAAACGGCCAUAAAUGGGAUACUGAAAUGACUACUACUACUACUACUACUACUACUACUGCACCAGCAGUGGAUUAAGAAAGCUACAGUUAUAGCUAAAGUGAACUUGACUAAAAGAAAA